GUAAAAAUGGCUGAGGAAGACUCAUCAUCAUCUUCAUCUGCUACUGCCUCUCAGGAACAAGAACAACUUAAAAACAGAAACUUGCUAGUUUUCUCUGUGACUGCAGACCAUCACACAGAUGACUUGACUGAAGCCUCCACAACUCUGUCUAGUUUUGCCAGUAUCAAGCUUAGCACUGGCUCUGUCAAGAAAUUAGUAAUCAAAAGCUUUAAAGCUAAACCUCUAAUACUGGAAAAUUACACUGAAGAAACUUGGCAAAAAUUAAAAGAAGCUGUACAAGCUAUCCAGAACAAUAUCUCUGUUAAAUACAGCUUGGAAGAACUCUAUCAGAGUGUUGAAAACCUUUGCUCCUACAAUUUAUCUGGAAACUUACAUAAACAGUUGAAGCAGCUUUGUGAACAGCACAUCAAAGCAGAAAUUCAUCAGUUCAGAGAGUAUUCUUUGGAUAUUGGCCCUUUUCUAAAGAAAAUGGAUAAAUGCUGGCAAAAUCAUUGCAGACAAAUGAGCAUGAUUAGGAACAUUUUUCUGUUCCUAGAUAGAACUUAUGUUUUUCAAAUUUCGAUGUUGUCUUCCAUUUGGGACAUGGGCCUUGAAUUAUUUAAAUCACAUAUAAUUUGUGAUCAGAAUGUUCACAGCAGGAUCAUAGAUGGAAUUCUUCUGUUCAUUGAAAAAGAAAGAAAUGGUGAAAUGAUAGAUCGAUGUCUGAUUCAAAGGCUUUUAACUAUGCUUUCUGAUUUGCAGAUUUACCAAGAAUCAUUUGAGAAUAAAUUCUUAGAAGAAACAAGCAGGUUCUAUGCAGCAGAGGGAAGGAACAUAGUGCAAAAAAAGGAGAUUCCAGGGUGUCUUUACCAUAUCAAGAAGCUCCUAGAAGAAGAAGUAAACAGAGUUAGAACCUACCUACCCCUUAACACACAGAAGCUACUGAUUGCUAUUGUAGAAAAGCAGCUUCUAGGUGAACAUUUAUCAGCAGUUCUUCAGAAAGGCUUAAGUUAUUUUCUUGAUGAAAACAGGAUUGAGGAUUUGUCUCUACUUUACCAACUGUUUAGUAGGGUAGACUGUCGAGUUCAAGUUCUUCUUCAACAUUGGAUUGAUUAUAUAAAGAAAUUUGGUAACAGCAUAGUCAUUAAUCAUGUAAAAGAUAAGACAAUGGUACAAGAACUUCUGGAUUUUAAAGAUAAGAUUGAUUUUAUUAUUGAAACAUCUUUUCUGAAGAAUGAAAAGUUUAUUGUUGCCAUGAAAGAUGCUUUUGAAACAUUUAUAAAUAAAAGACCUAACAAGCCAGCUGAACUCCUAGCAAAGUAUGUGGAUUCAAAACUUCGUGCAGGUAACAAAGAAGCUACAGAUGAAGAACUUGAAGAAUUACUAGAUAAAGUGAUAGUUUUAUUUAGGUUCAUUAAUGGGAAAGAUAUUUUUGAAGCCUUCUACAAAAAGGAUUUAGCCAAACGUCUUUUACUUGGUAAGAGUGCUUCAGUGGAUGCCGAAAAAUCAAUGCUGUCCAAACUUAAACCAGUGUGGCAAGUUGAGGAACUGGGCCAUCCCAAGUACCGCUGCAGGUUGAUGUUUUUCUUUCGGAACAACCCCUACUUCCAGAACAAAGUGAUCAUUAAGGAGUAUCACCUUAGCAUUGCCGGAUAUAGGGCAUCUUGUUCCACUCCAGUCCAGUGGUUCUGGGACUAUGAAUGUGGAGCUGCCAGCCGCAGGCACGACACCACCUGCCUUAACUUCUUCAACUAG